CGAACACUUCUGCUGCCAGACAACAUUCAAACCUUUUUUCUAAUUAUGGCUCAUGGAACUUCAGAAUUUUGGAAAAAUUGCAUGACAGUUGCAGUUGUGUCAUUGUCAAUGUACUACUUCCUGACUAGCAGAGACCAGGACAGUGAAGAAGUAUUUGAAAAUGUUUUGGAAGGACUCCAAACAAUUUAUACUAAGAAGCUGCUUCCUCUUGAGCAAACAUAUUUGUUCCAUGAAUUCCACUCGCCAAAACUGUAUGAAUCUGAUUUUAAAGCAAAACCAUCAGUUUUACUUAUUGGUCAGUAUUCCACAGGAAAAACUUCGUUUGUAAGAUACCUUCUAAAUGACGAAUAUCCGGGGAUGCGGAUUGGUCCUGAACCAACCACUGACAAAUUUAUUGUUGUAAUGCAUGGUGAGAAAGAAGGAAUCAUUCCUGGUAAUGCAUUGGUGAUGGAUCCGGAAAAGCAAUUUAGACCAUUAUCAAAAUUUGGAAACAAUUUUUUGAACAGAUUUCAAUGCUCAAUAAUGAAUAAUGAAGUUCUUAAGUCAAUAUCAAUUAUUGAUACACCAGGCAUUUUGUCUGGAGAAAUGCAUCACAUUGACCGGGGAUAUGACUUCACAGGUGUCUUAGAAUGGUUUUCUGAACGAGUUGACCAAAUUAUUCUUCUGUUUGAUGCGCAUAAGCUUGAUAUCUCUGAUGAAUUUAAAAGGGCAAUUGAAGUUUUACGUAUUCACACAGAUAAAAUUAGAAUUGUGCUUAAUAAAGCUGAUACAGUGGAUCAUCAGCAGUUAAUGAGAGUUUAUGGUGCUCUUAUGUGGUCAUUAGGCAGAAUAAUGCACACACCAGAAACAGCAAGAGUUUAUAUAGGAUCAUUCUGGGACAAACCAAUAAGAAAUGAUGUACACAAAAGAUUGUUUGAAGAUGAAGAACAAGAUUUGUUCCAUGAAAUGCAAUCUCUGCCACGAAAUGCUGCUUUGUGGAAACUUAAUGAACUAAGCAGAAGAGCUCGUCUUGCUAAGGUUCAUGCAUAUAUAAUAAGCACUCUUCACAAGGAGAUGCCAAUACUAUACAGAAAAGAAGCCAAAAAAGAGCAUUUAAUUCAACAUCUUGAUGUUAUUUACAAAAAUAUUGAACACAAAUAUCAGAUAUCUCAUGGAGACUUCCCAGAGCUGAAAAAAAUGCAGGAGCUGUUGACAGAACAUGACUUCAGCACUUUUCAACCAUUGAAGCCUGAACUGUUUGAAACUGUGGAACACAUGCUUCAACAUGACAUCCCUCAUCUGAUGGAAAUGAUAGUCCAGGAUGAAAUUCAAAAUAACACUGAACCAGAGGCACAAGGAGGAGUUUUUGAAAUUUCUGAAGAGAUGAACAAUGACAGCUCAAACAAAAGGAAGAAGAAACAGUCUCUAACUGCAGCCACUGAGAAACUGAAAUGGUCAGCAGAAGCAAAGAAGGAAUUUGGAAACCCAGACCUGCCUGAUGGAGUCCUUGGAAGAAUAUGGAAACUAUCUGAUAUUGACAGUGAUGGUCAACUGGACAGUGAUGAGUUCUCUCUGGCCAUGCAUCUAUUGAGGAAUAAAGUGUUCCAGGAGAAUUUAAAUCAGACGCCAUUUUCAGGUGGUCAAGAUGAUAAAAUAGAAGUGUAGCUUGCAGCAAAUCAU